CCCUCCCUCGGAGGGGCUGCCACCGAGACUGCCUUCCUAGAGCGGCCGGAAGUGCAGGCUAGCGGCGCCGGCGCCAGUUCGUUCUGAGUGACGCCUUUGUUCCGAGCCGCCCAAGGACGCCGCUGUGGCCCCUGUUCCUCUCCACGGCUGAGGUAGAGGAUUAAUCUGAAAACCAGUCCGGAUGGCCACAGCCCUGGAAACUGAGGAACAAAAAGGACUUAGAAUAGUUAAGACGGAAGACCGCUGCUGGGCACAGGACUCCAUCCCACAGAAGUACAGUCCUCGCAGGAGGGAGGUCUUCAGGCAGCACUUCCGGAAGCUGCGCUAUCAGGAUGCACCUGGGCCCCGGGAGGCGCUCACCCAGCUCUGGGAGCUUUGCCGCCAGUGGCUGAGGCCAGAAUGCCACACCAAGGAGCAGAUUUUAGACCUGCUUGUGUUGGAGCAGUUCCUGAGCAUUCUUCCUGGGGACCUGCGAACGUGGGUGCAGAUGCACCAUCCCGAGACCGGAGAGGAGGCGGUGACUGUGUUGGAGGGUCUAGAGGGAGAACUGGAUGGACGUCCAGAGCAGGUCCCAGCCACUUCAGAAAGACAGGACACGCUUUUGGACAAGUUGGCCCCCGUGGGAAGGCCACGUGAGUCACUGACUGCCCAGCUCCAUCCCCAGAAGACCCAGCAGGAAUCUGGGGAGCCCCAAAGUAGUGUGUUUGUUACAGGUGAGAAAACCAGGACUACGAAUGAAGAGGUGUCCCAGAAGGAAGAUAUGCCCACUGACAUGGAAUUCAUUGGGAAGGUAAAUGACAGACUUAAAGACAUUCUUCAACAUCCAGAAUCCAAAGAUGCUACUGAAAAUGAGGGCAGAUUAGAGUGGCAACAGAGGGAAAGAAGACACUAUAAAUGUGAUGACUGUGGGAAAAGUUUCACUCAGCGCUCAGCCCUUAGUAAACACAGGAGAACUCACACUGGAGAGAAACCCUACGCAUGUGAUCAGUGUGGAAAAGCCUUCAGUCAGCGUUCACAUCUCAUUGGACAUCACAGAGUACACACUGGAGUGAAACCCUACAAAUGUAAAGAAUGUGGGAGAGAUUUCAGUGGGCGCUCAGGUCUUACUCAGCAUCAGAGAAUCCACACAGGGGAGAAGCCCUAUGAAUGUGAAGAGUGUGGGAGGCCCUUCCGCGUAAGUUCUGCACUUAUUAGACAUCAGAGAAUUCAUACAGCACAGAAACUCUACGAACAUGGUGGAAAUACCGACGUGCCUUAGGAACUCAGGCCUGGCUGGCAGAAUCCACCCUGGAGACUGUAGGGUGCCCGAAUGUAGGCAGAGCUUCAGUUGCCUUUAAAAGUUUCUCUGGCACCACAGAAUCUACCUGAGUAAAAUUUCCUUUUAUUUCUAAAUUAGUUCAGUUUUUUGGAGGAAUUAAGAGUUAUUUCAGAAAGCUUUGUCCAUUGACAAAACAGCUUACUUGCAGACCAAGAUAACCAUGUUUCCUGGGUGGAAGACGGUGAAUUCCAACUCUUGGCUCCUUUUUACGUGACCAUUCAGGGUCUGACUUUAGACCAGACAAUUCCGAUUUUUCUCUGCCUUCUUUUCCCCUUUUGUAAAAUGCAGAUAAUAUAACUGAGGCCUACCAGAUACGUUAAGUAAAAACAGACGAAAACUGCUUUUCAAAUUAAGAACUAAACAAUAGUAUUUGUUUUCCAUCGUUAUUGAUGUAAUGGCCUAAAUAUUCCUUUAUUAUCUUAAAGUAGGGGGUAUAGUCAUUUUGUGUAAUUUUUUUGUUUGCCAAUGAUAAACAAAGAGGAAACCCUCAGAAAAAAACAGGCAAAAGAAGACAUUAAAGUGGGAAGGAAAGCAGUAAGUGGUCAGUAGGAGCUGCUGAGGAUAACAGUGGGUCAGGGAUCCAUAAGUUUAGAUAAAUCACUUCUCUUCUGAGUCUCAGGUCAUUGCAGACUGAGGGAGAUGGGUGCAGUUGGUCCAGAGCAGCACUGUCCAGUCUGGCAGCCAGUGCCCACAUGUGGUUGUAUAAAUUCAAACUGCACAAAUAAAAUGGGAAAUUCACUUCCUUAGUGACAUAAGCCACAUUUCAACUGCUCAGUAGUCACAUGUAGCUAGCAGCUACUGUAUUGGACAGCACAAGCGAUAGAUCAUUUUUAUCGCAACAGAAAGUUGUGAAAGGCAUUGCUGUCCCAAUUGAUCACUGGUAAGUUACCUUCUGGCGUUGAUAACUGUGACUUAGUUCAGGAAGGUAGUGAAAGAGACACCCAAGGAGGCUGCAAUCGCAACGGGAGAUAAAGUACAAACACCUGCAAAGAAAAUAGUAAUAAUGGCACUUUUUCAGCCUUUAAAAAGGAGUGUAUUAUAAUCAGAGGAAGAUGAUAUUAAAGUAAAUAGAGUAACCUAAUAAUUUAAAUUGAAAGCUGAAAUUACUACCUCAUCUGUGUGAGAAGUGUAUAAUUACCUUUACAAGGUAGCACCCCAUCCCGUCAGAUAACCUGUAUGAGUGAGAAACUGGGACACUCAGGACACCAGUAGUUUAAAGACAGUAAGCAAUCCAAAUUUUUUCUUUUGCCUUCAAAGUGUUCAAGCAUUUCACAUACUUGAACAGUUUUACAUUCCUAGUUUGAGAAUUUUUUAACAUGACAGGAAUUGUGGCCACAGGCCCAGCACGUUACAGUUUAUAGCAGUCAAACUGCCAGGAACCACCCAUUCUAGGAAUAGCCUGAACAAUGAGGAAGUGAUCUAAUCCUGCAAUAAAGAUGAUUAUGCAUACUUGCUGUUUUUGUGUGUUUGAAGGGGGAAAAAUCACUAGAAUUAUUUUUGUGUCUACUACUAUUGGAAUCGUAACACCAUAAAGAUAAGCUCAGCUUUUAUGUCUUUUGAACAAAAUGCUCUUUUGAAAGAUAAUGUAAGUUUACUUUGAAUGAUUACAUAAGCUGAUACAAAUUUUUUAAAUAUCAGGUUUCACACUUGUACUUGUUUUUGUGACUUAACGUGAGCAAUGUUUCAAAGCAUUUGAAACAGGAUUUUUUAAUGGUCGUGAAGAGAGAAAAGUGAGGUACUAAAGUUAGGUGCUUACUGAGGUGUAUAUCCUCAAACGCCAAGUGAAGAGUAGUUCCACCCAAACCUUUUUAGGUUUGGUGUUGAUCCCAAAUUGUCACCAUAGUGUCUGUCAUGACAUUGAGCAGUGGGGCAAAGAUAAGAGUCAGGGAGGGACAGAACAGUGGGGGCCAGAGACAGCCUGUGUAGGCAAGAGAAGAAAGUCUAGUCCAGUGGGAUCUGGGACAACUGCAGGCAUAAGGCAAGGGAGGCAUGAGGUUAAAAGAGCUCUAAGUGACAAGCAGGUGAUGUCCUAGUAAGUGGUGUAGAGAAACAGAACGGUGAGGAUGCAACCAGUUGGAAAGAAGAGCUCUGAGGUCAGGAUAGCACAGAAGAUCUACUAAGUGAGGCAUUAGUCACAGCUACUGUGUUCUAGCAGAAGCCGUCCUGGAUGAACAGCGCCUGCUCGGGAAGAACCCAGAACAUGGAAGGCAGUUUCUCAGAUGGUGUGUCAAAAGCAUGUGCUGUUCCUCCCAUCUGGAGGGAUUUUUUUUUUUUUUUUUUAAGGAAGGCAAAAACUCGUAAUUUAUAGUUUUCCUGAGCUAACCGGACAGAUGUGCUUGUAUGAGGAAUGUAUGAGGAAGAAUGGGGGCAGCUCUGAGACACAAAAGGGGGUGGUGGUGAACUGGCGAUUCUGAAUGAGGAGUCAGCAGCUGUGAAGGGAGGAGACAGAUGAGUGAUGGGGAGGAGGGGUGGGCCUUGGUGAAAAGGGAGAAAGCAAGACAGGAGGAAGGGAUGGAAGGAAAAGAAUAAGGAACAAGGGGCUAGGGAAAGGAACAAAUGAUGAGAUGGGGAUAGGGAAAGAAGAAUGACAAGUAAUUCUAAUACUGGCGUCAAUCAUAUUUAAGACAAAGGGUCAUAUGAUGGAAGCCAUGCAGAGAUGACAGAUGAGCUUAUCCCAAGGUGCAUUGUCUCAUGUGCACAGCACAUAAUAUUUAUGUUAUCUUUAUUGAAUGGGACUAUGCUUUCAUCCUGAGCAUGAAAUCAUUUAUAGUCUUAUCAGAGUCCAUCCACAGUGAAAACACAACUAGAAACUUGGAAAUGCUUCCAAACAAUCUGUUCUCCCAUUAGUAAUAAUGUCAUGAAGGAGUUACGCUGAGUUCCUGAAAGAACAGCUCUGGGUCUUUCUAACUCAAACCUUUGAGAGCAAACUUUCUCCACCUUGGUUCUGAUUUUUUGGGCCAGACAAUUCCUUAUUGUGUGUCUGUCCUCUACAUUGUAGGAUGUUUAGCAGUAUUCUUGGCCUCCACCCACGAGAUAACACUAGCACCCCCACUUGUGACGCAAAAAUUUAUUAAGUGGGGCAGGUGUCCCUGGAGCGGCAUAAUCACCCCCAGUUGAGAACCACUGAUCUAUAAGAAAAUAAUCUGAUUUCCAUGACUGUUCCACAUCAUAUACGAUAAGAUUCUACUUAGAAAUGGGACAUACGACCAGCACUGUUAGGCCCUUGUCCUACCCCACAAAAUGAUUCCCAGGGUACCUAAAGGCUAGGCAGCAAUCGUGUUAAAGAAGUAGUCUAUUUUAGGAAGCCAUACCUUAUUUUUCAAGACUGGAGAAAUCUGUCCUCAAACAAAGCUUGCAUAAAGAGCUUACAUGGUAGUUUCUGAGGCAUUUUUCCCUCCAUGCCCCACUCUGGGUGCUACCCUCCUUUGCCCCUUGACUUAACCUCUCCUUGACCUAGGUCUGCACUGUCCAGUACAGUAGCCACUAGAUACAUGUGACUGCAACUAAAACUAAAUUUAAAAUUUAAAACUGGUACUCAAUUCAGUUAUUGGAAUGGCUUUAAGUACGUUUGGAGUAAUUUUGGGUAUAUGAAUCUACUUUUUCCGUUUAGAAUUUUAUGUAAUCUUAAUUAUUUUCAACACAAAUUUAAUAUUUGAAUUAAGACGUGCAAUAAGUAUAAACACCGGCUUUCAAAGACUGAAAAAA